UUCUCUUUCAAAAGUUUGUUAAACAAAUCCAACGGCUGACUUCACUCUCCCACUCCAAUCCAAAGGUUGAACAAUUACUCUUCCUUCAAAAUCACAGUUAAUGACCUUUUCUCAAUUUGUUCAGCUUCUUUAUUACUCAAUACUUUUUGUAUACUGGUAAUACCUUAUUUCUAUGAGCUAUAUAGUACUUGGUCCAAGUCAAUGACCAGCUUCUUGUUAUAGACCCCACCUUCCCAGGAGAAAACAGGGGCAAAAUAAAACAGAAAGAAGGAUUGUUGUUGGAUGACGGUGGUGUAUGGGCCAUCGUGCACUUUGAUUAGUCCACGGGUGCCUGCUAGCUCCCACCGGCACAGGAUAAUGGGUACCCCUAGAGAAGAGGCAACAAAUGAAGUUUCCUCCGAGAAUUUACAGCGGAAGCCAGACCCUGACCCUGCAACCAACAACCCAGAGUUAAAAGAGAAAGGGAGAUGUGAACCAAUUUCAGCUGAUGUUGUUUCUGGUGAGAUGCAGAAGAGACCGAGUCCUGCUGCUGACGCACAAGCAUCAAAAAGUAAUCAAGAGGAAACUACACAUCCUUCAACAUGCCAAGACGUGUCAAGUAAUGUGUCACAAUCUAAUCAAGAAGAUAUUUCUCUUUCUAAAGUACAACAGUACCAGUCAGAAAAUGUGCGGCGGAAACAGGGUCUUAAGAGUGAGGGUGAUGCAUCUGUAUGUAGUCAACUUUCUAUUUUACCAAAGGUCUCAGAUGCAAAAUCAUAUGGAUCAGAAUCUGGUGCAAUAGAGAAAGUGGUUUCCCCAUUAUCUGGUAAGGCUUCAGAUUCUACAGAUCAAAUACAAAGUCAGAGCAUGGAGGUAGUUGUAUCACAAUCUGAUCACCAACGAGUGACUUAUCCCAUAAGGCCCGAGAAAACUUUGGAUAAGUUGCAACCUAGGCGAAACCCUGAUACUAGUGGCCAUGGGUUGCCAUCUGAUCGCGGUAUGACUCUCUUCAGGUUACCUGAAAAACCAUUGGAAGAUGGAUAUAACUGGCGAAAGUAUGGUCAGAAGCUUGUCAGAGGAAAUGAGUUUACUCGGAGUUAUUAUAAGUGCACAUACCCUAAUUGCCUUGCAAAAAAGCAAGUGGAGAGAUCACAUGACGGGCAUAUUACAGAUGUCCACUAUAUUGGGAAGCAUGAACAUCCGAAAACUCCGAGUGGACCGCAGACCUCUCCUGGAUUGGUGGUCCCUUUGCAAAUGAGACAACCAGACAUUCCAGUGCUCACUACAUCAGAAGAAGCUGAAGGCGAGAAAUCUACCAUGCGAGAAACAUGUGAAUCUAGUAAGCCAUCAGAGGCCCCGCUUGCAUUGGACAUUGUAUCAGCUGGCGCUGGUAUGCAGGUUACGCCUUUGAAGCCACAUAAAUUAGAAAAUGAGGUUGAUAAGAAUAGUGGUCCAGACUCAAAAAGACAAAAAAAAGAUAUUGCUAAGGAUGAUACUCCACCUAUUAAGUCCCAUAGUGAACCACGACACAUUGUUCAGACCAUGAGCGAAGUAGAUAUAGUCAACGAUGGUCACCGCUGGCGCAAAUAUGGGCAAAAAUAUGUAAAAGGCAAUCCAAAUCCGAGGAGUUACUACAGAUGCUCAAUUGCUGGUUGCCCUGUGAAGAAGCAUGUAGAGAGGGCAUCCCAUGAUCCAAAAAUGGUCGUUACAACAUAUGAAGGGCAGCAUGACCAUAACAUGUCAUGGUUUAGGACUUUAAGCCAAAUUACAACGGCACCUGAUCUCAGUUUAACAGGCAUAAGUGGAGAAUCCAGAUUGGAAUCUGGUGAAACCAAACAUAUUGGAGAGUCCAUAUCUGAAUCGGGUGAAACCAAACAUAUUGGAGAGUCCAUAUCUGAAUCGGGUGAAAACAAACAUGUCGGAGAGUCCAGAAUUGAAUCUGGUGAAAACAAACAUGUUGGAGAGUCCAGAAAACGUGUCGGACAGUCCAUAUCUGAAUCGGGUGAAACCAAACAUGUUAGAGCGUCCAUAUCUGAAUCGGGUGAAACCAAACAUGUUGGAGAGUCCAGAAUUGAAUCAGGUGAAAACAAACAUGUUGGACAGUCCAGAUCCGAAUCGGGUGAAAACAAGCAUGUUAACCUUGACAUGGUUGUUCAUAUUGGUGCAAAUUGAGUAUGAACUUUCUGAUGCAAAAAGAUCAACUUAUCCUGAUGUAAAGUUCCUUAGCUCAGCACCGUUCGUCUAAUCUUACAAAAUUGUUCAAUUAUUCUCUUCAUUGUUAUAUUUAACUCGUUAUGGGCGAUGGAGAUGUGAUAUUUGUAUAUUCACCGUAUAAUUUAUGUUUCUCAUCUAACGAGAAAAGAAUUUUAUCAUAAAUAACCAAU